UGCCUCUCCCCCUCUCCACCGCUAACGCCUCAUUUCACAUGUCUACGGCUCGACAUUGAAUAACACGCUCGGUGAUGUAAUGCGCUUCACCUUCAUGAGUCAGUACCGAACGAACUCUUCCCUGCUGCCUUGGAUUCGUAACAGUCCCGUGUCUUAGAUAUCUGCAUCACACAGGACCACACCACCUCAUAGAUAUCACUUGACCUGACCACCCUCCUGGCGGCCUUAGGUGUCCACCCUUCACGAUAGCCUGUUGUCCUCUGCCUCACCUGUACCUUUCUGAAGAAGACUGACCAGCUGUCACUUCAGUGAUAUCCUCAGAGGACCUCCCCAGGGCUCAAGGAUCACCAGAUCUUCACAACCCUAACAACAAUUGAUUUGGCCUUUCAUCCUUCAAACAGGAUCAUCACUGCCCCUAAACAGUGACACAGGACAAGUGUUACUCUGUGAUUCCAAGAUCAUAUCAGGGCAAUCAUAUUGGAAUUUCUCGUCCUCAAAGGAAAUAAAAGAACAUGGCCUCAUGGUGUGCUACUGCUCGACGGCUGCAUCAGCUUCGCCAUCUCACAUUUAGAUGUGCAUCUGGUUGUGGUAGAACAUAUCAUGGUUACUAUGGUAGUUACGCAGCAGAGAAGCAGAGCUUUUCAAAGAAGUCUUUGCUGUCUUCCAAAAAUAAUUUUCUGAUGUCCCAUGUGCGUCACAUGUUCAUAAAGGUUCAAGAUACACCCAACCCUAAUUCCCUGAAGUUUAUACCAGGUGUUCAGAUACUUGAAACUGGGACUGUUGACUUUCCUAAUCUAAAUGCAGCUCAGAAAUCUCCUUUAGCUAAGUUGCUAUUCCGGAUUGAAGGAGUUAGAGGAGUGUUCUUGACAACUGAAUUUAUCACUAUUACAAAGGAAGAAGAAGAAGCAGAAUGGAGAACUAUCAAACCUGAAGCGUUUGCUGUAAUUAUGGACUUCUUUGCUUCUGGUCUACCAGUAAUCCAUGCAGACCACCAAGGAGACAAUGAACAUGCCACCUGUGAGGGUGAAGAUGAUGAUGCUGUAGCCAUGAUCAAGGAACUCUUAGACACCCGUAUUCGACCUACUGUGCAGGAAGAUGGUGGUGAUAUUCUAUUCAGAGGAUUUAAUGAUGGAAUCGUCUACCUUAAGAUGAUGGGUUCCUGCACAAACUGUCCUUCUUCAGUUAUCACUUUGAAGAAUGGUGUUCAAAAUAUGCUACAGUUUUAUAUACCUGAGGUUAUUGAGGUAGUGGAAGUUAAAGAUGCAGCAGACAAUCUAGUAGAGGAAGAAUUCAAGAAAACAGAAGAAUCGCUUAACUCAAAACAAAGUAAAACAGAAUAAGUACAUGCAGGUAAAUAAUGCCACCCCAAGUAUAUAAUUAUUAAUGAAGUGGCUAGCAUACCUGAGUACAAAUAAAUUAUUGCAGAAAAUUUGAUUUGAAAAGCUAUAAACAUUGAUAAUCUUUUUGGUAGCUGUUGUGUCAACUUUAUAUUUUCCUAUUUCAAAGCUGAAUUCAAGCUGAAAAAAGCUCGAAGUUAUGUAUUUCAGUGGCUAGAAGAAAUUUAUUAUUACCAAACUAUUCUUCAUUAUUUUGUAUGCAGGAUCAUUUGUGACAUCAUAUAUUUAGUCACCAUCCUCUGUUGAAACAGCUCUGUACAGCAAGAUUCUCUCAUUAUACUGAAGCCGUUUUA